CGCGUAACGACUUUGUAAAUGCGAUGGAAUGCUCAAUUUGUUAUGAUAGUUUGAUUAAUAGUACAACUUUGGCUAUAAAUUGUGGACAUGUUUUUCACGCGAGGUGUAUACACACUUGGAUUGAACGCUUUAGAGAGUCCUCGAAAACACCCAAUUGUCCUAGUUGCAGAUACUCUAUCGGUAGUAAUAAAGAUCUAAUCAAGUUGCAUCUCAGUGAUGAUGGCGGCGAUAGUGGACAAGAUGCGAAUGUAGAAAAGUUGUUAGACAUUUCUAAAAAAGUACACGCGUUAUCACUUCGACAAGAUCUCAAUAGAUUGAGGGUUACUUUUGAUGACGUAGUACAAGUUAUUAGCGCGAGCGAUGUGAGCGACGAGCAAACCCAGAAGCUGCUCAAAGUCUUGUCAAAAGAGUUAAGAGGUCUUAAGGAACGUCUCGAUCAGUCAGCCACAGUGGAAGAGCUCAAGGAGAAGAUUAAAACACUCUCGCACUCGUUGAAUUACUUUGAGACGGGUAAGAAGAAGGAAAUAUCGAAGAUUGAACUGGGUCAUACGAAGAUGCUUUCCAGAAUAUCCUUAGAAGAACAACAUCUACGCGACAAAUUCGAGAAAUCACUUCAAGACAACGAGAAACUCAAGAAAGAUUAUGCUCUCACUUUAACAAAGAAGGAUGCUAAGAUAUCUAGCUUAGAGAGUAACGAGAGGAGAAUUUUAAGCAAGCUUUCAGAAAGAGAAGCUGAGAAUACGAAACUCAAGAUGAAUAUAGUAGAGUGGAAGAAGAAGUACGAAGCAAGACAAUCUCAAUCCAGACAGGAAAAAACUCCAUCUAAGCAAAACACAUCUAAGCAGCAUGCAAAUACACCCAAAGAGAAGCCUAAAAUAGACUUGACAUACUCGAGUGACCUUGAUAUGGACUCACCUUCCACUUCUGCCAUAUCGAUAAGAGCACAUAACGGAAAAAAGCGGAAGUCUGACGAAACAUUACGCAUCCUACCACCAUCUGACGACGUAGAUGAUGCAUUAGACGAGCCAUUACCGUCAUUCGCUACUGCUAACAAAAAGCGAGCUACUCAUUCUAACAAUGGUUGACAAACACGAAUAAUAUACCAUCAAAUUCAUUACUUGCAUUAGGUCCGAAAAU